AUGCUCAGAUUGGAUGGCUAUGAGGUGGUGAUGGGCCCUUUUGGAUACGGAAAAAGAAAUGUUAAGGGCGAAGAAAUUCUAAAUCUGUGCAUAAGGAAUCAUCUUACAGUGAAGAAUACAUUCUUCAAGAAACAAGCUAGCCAUCAGAUUACUAGAUAUGACAAAUUAAUUGGAGGAAAAUUAAGGGACACUAAAGUCGUACCAAGUGAAUACUUGCAUAGUGACUACAGGUUACUAGUAGCUGAUCUAAAUUAUAAGAUGAAAAGUUUGCAUGCUGUUCAAAGAAUGCCAGAAAUUAAGGAGUGGAAAUUGAAAGAAGAAGAAAAUAAGAAAAGUUUUUCAAAAUCGAGUAGCACAAAAACUGAAAGGGGUAGUGUAGAGGAAGAGUGGAACCUAUUUAAAAUAUCAAUAGUUAACAGUGCUGUGCAGAUAUGUGACAUAAUAAAGGGUAAAGUGAAAGACAAAGAAACCAGUUGGUGGAACAAUAGGGCAAAAGAUGCAAUUAAAAAAAUAUAA